UCAGUACUCCUUCUCCCGGUAUAGAGCUCUAUGUUCCUCUGGUACUCUGAAAAGAAUGGCAUUGAACCCAUUGGCUCUGCCCUUUGCUGUGACCUUAAUUAAAAUAGCCUCUUCCAAGUCAGUGGAAUGCCCGCCUUUUGGUUCUUUCUUUGAGGGGCCAGUCACACUGCUGAUUAGAUGCCAGAGCCUGGCUUUGUGUGCCGUAGCACACCCUUCAUUCACCAUUGGCUGAGUCUCUUGUAUCAUCUUAACCCAGUGAUUGAUGGAGGGUCGGGGUAGAGGGUAAGAAUAGAGGGGGGAGUUGGGAUGGAGGCGGGGAGAAAGGAAAGAAAAGGAAAAGAGGGUGGAGCAGCUAUGUAAUAGAACUAGGAAAGGAGAAAAAAAUAGGAAUCCAUCCCAUGGACUGAAAUAAAGGGAAACUGCCGAAGAGAGGAGUGGUUGAAAAGGACAAAGAAUGAGAGGAGGCCUGUGACAUUGUAUCAUGCAUGCCACUGAUCCCAGGGGAAACUCCCCUGCUUUCCUACAACCUCAGAAUCAGAAUGGGAACAGCCAUCGAUCUUCAGGUUAUGUUCCAGGAAGAGUUGUUCCAUUGCGCCCACCACCCCCACCAAAGAGCCAAGCUUCAGCCAAAUUUACCUCUGUCAGACAAGAAGCCCAGGCAACCUUUGCAUUCUCUCCCGAGGAACAACGUUCACAGAGAGAAGAUAGAAAGCAGAGGAGACACAAAAAUACAUUCAUUUGUUUUGCUAUUUCCAGCUUUACAUUUUUUGUUGCACUUGCAGUCAUUUUAGGAAUAUCCUCAAAAUACGCUCCAGAUGAAAAUUGCCCAGAUCAAAACCCUCGUCUCAGGAAUUGGGAUUCAGAACAUGAUGCUGAAAAGCAAGUCAUUAUCAAGAAAGGAGACUGGCUCCGUUUGAACUCAGAUGUUACAGUGAACUCUAUAGUCAUCCAGGAUGGAGGGUUACUUGUCUUUGGAGAUGAUAAAGAUGGAUCCAGAAAUAUUACUUUGAGGACUCGUUAUAUCCUGAUCAAGGAUGGUGGAGCGCUUCAUAUUGGAGCAGAAAAAUGCCGUUAUAAAUCCAAAGCGACCAUUGCCUUAUUUGGCAAAUCGAACGAAGGUGACAGUAUGCCAACAUUUGGCAAAAAGUUUAUUGGCGUGGAAGCUGGUGGGACACUGGAGUUGCAUGGGGCUUGGAAAACAUCGUGGACACUCUUAGCGAAGACUCUGCAUUCCUCAGGGCUGACCUCAGGUUCUUAUAGUUUUGAAAAAUCUUUUAACCGAGGUCUCAACGUGAGGGUCAUUGACCAAGACACUGCUGAAGUUUUGGUGGUUGAUCGGUUUGAUACCCACGAAUACCAAAAUGAGAGCAGGCGCCUUCAGGAGUUUUUAAAAGCCCAGGAUCCUGGUCGGAUUGUUGCUAUUGCUGUUGGAGAUUCAGCUGUCAAAAGUCUCCUAGAUGAAACAAUACUGACCAUCCAAAAUCUGUUGGGAAGUAAGCUGAUCAAAGGAUUGAGUUACAGACAAGCCUGGGCUUUAGUUUCUGUCAUUGGUGGUGGAAGUGCCUCUUGCAACGAAUCAGUAAGAAACUAUGAAAAUCACAGCAGUGGAGGGAAGGCUCUUGCCCAAAGAGAAUUUUUCACAGUUGAUGGUCAGAAGUUUGCUGUAACAGCUUAUAGUGAAUGGAAUGAAGGGGUGUCCCUUUCAGGUUUCCAGGUAGAGGCCAUAGAUGGAGUAAAGCUACAUCUGGUGGAUGAUGUCAGCAGCUGGAAACCUGGAGACCAGAUUGUGGUUGCAAGCACAGAUUAUUCAAUGUACCAAACAGAGGAAUUUACUCUUCUUCCUUGUCCUGAAUGCAACAAUUACCAGGUCAAAGUCAGAGAAACUCCUCAGUUUCUGCACAUGGGAGAGAUGGUUGAUGGCGUAGACAUGCGGGCUGAGGUUGGAGUUCUCAGCAGAAACGUGGUGAUCAGAGGAGAGAUGGAAGCCUCCUGCUAUGCUGACAACAAAUGUCAAUUCUUCAGCUAUGAUACCUUUGGGGGACAUGUCCAGAUUUUGAAAAAUUUCACCUCGGUCCAUUUUUCCUACGUGGAACUGAAACACAUGGGGCAGCAGCACCUGGGGAAAUACCCGGUGCAUUUUCACCGAUGUGGCAGUGUGGAUGAUAAAGGAGGUUACAGACCUCAGACUUACUUGGAUGGUGUGUCUAUUCAUCAUUGCUUCUCUAGAUGUGUUACUAUUCAUGGAACAGAUGGUCUCCUGAUAAGAGACACUAUUGGCUUUGACACACUAGGUCAUUGUUUCUUCUUGGAAGAUGGCAUUGAGCAAAGGAAUAUUUUGUUCCACAACCUUGGGCUUGUCACCAAACCAGGCACUCUUCUUCCCACUGACAGGAAUAACACCAUGUGCAUAGCCAUUAGAGAGAAUGUGUUUGGAAAUUACGUUCCUGUGCCUGCUACAGAUUGCAUGGCUGUUUCAACUUUCUGGAUUGCUCAUCCCAAUAAUCAUCUGAUAAGUAAUGCAGCUGCUGGCUCACAGGAUGCUGGAAUAUGGUAUCUUUUCCACAAGGAAGCCACUGGAGAAUCUAGUGAAUCACAUGGAUUGACCAAAGCAGAACUUACACCACUGGGCAUUUUUUAUAACAACAGGGUUCAUUCAAAUUUUAAGGCGGGCUUGUUUAUCGACAAAGGAGUAAAAACUUCCAAUGCUAGUGCUUCCGAUCCAAGAGAAUAUCUCUGUUUGGAUAACAGCGCAAGGUUUCGACCUCAUCAAGAUGCAGACCCAGAAAAACCCCGUGUUGCUGCACUCAUUGACAGACUCAUCACUUUUAAAAAUAAUGAUCAUGGAGCAUGGGUCCGAGGAGGAGAUAUUAUCAUUCAGAAUUCAGCAUUUGCAGAUAAUGGAAUAGGAUUAACCUUUGCCAGUGAUGGAAGCUUCCCCAAUGAUGAAGGCUCCAGCCAGGAAGUAUCAGAAUCUCUGUUUGUUGGGGAGAGCCAGAACUAUGGCUUUCAGGGUGGUCAGAACAAGUAUGCAGGCAUUGGAGGGGUAACCAAAAGACUUCGGACUUUGCCAAGGAACAGGGCUAUCGUGAACAUUGAAUAUGAAGUUUCUUUGAAUGUCUUUUUUGGUAAACCUGGUCCUUGGUUUGAAGAUUGUGACUUGGAUGGUGAUAAGAAUUCCAUAUUCCAUGAUGUUGAUGGCUCUGUAACAAGAUACAAGGACACUUACGUGGGUAGAAUGGACAACUACUUGAUCAGACAUCCCGACUGUGUUAAUAUGUCCAAGUGGAAUGGAAUUAUCUGCAGUGGGACUUAUGCCCAGGUUUAUGUGCAGACAUGGAGCAUGCAGAAUCUUACCAUGACCAUCGCACGGGAUGAGUACCCAUCCAAUCCAAUGGUACUGCGAGGGAUUAACCAGAAAGCUGCAUUUCAACAGUACCAGCCAGUAGUGAUGCUAGAAAAGGGAUACACCAUUCAUUGGAAUGGACCAGCCCCACGAGCUACCUUUCUUUACCUCAUCAAUUUCAACAAGAAUGACUGGAUUCGAGUUGGCCUCUGCUAUCCAUCAAACACCACAUUUCAAGUUACGUUUAGCAGAUACCACAGGCAGAAUGGCAUUUCUACUAAUGCAGAAGAAUAUGAGCCUGUUCUUUCAAUGGAAGAGCUGGAGAGGAAGCCAUCUGAUAGGAAGUUCUAUUUUGACCACGGCACAGGACUGCUGUUUCUGUACCUCAAAGCUAAAAACAACAGAGAAGGGCACGGUUACUGCUCCUCUGAAGGAUGUGAACGGAUCAAGGUCCAAGCAACGACAAGCUCUAAAGAGAUCAGUAAUUGCAUGGCUAAAGCUUACCCACAGUACUAUAAGAAACCAUCCGUCAUCAAGAAGAUGCCAGCGAUGUUAACGGGACCCUGCCAGGGUUGUGGCACUCGCCAGAUGGUGUUUACCAGUGAUCCUCAUAAGUUCUACCUCCCUAUACAGUUCCAGUCUCCUAGUAAAGCAGACAUUCAACGUGGAAAUAAAUCUUUCAUCUCUGUCAAUGGCACCAACUAUCCACUCACAGGUGUGGGUCUGUAUCUCCUUGUUGUGGAUGCCUGUAGUGUUCCUUACCGAGUAUCUGAAAACAAAUUCUUCUCUUUUACUGAAAUAGAGCGUGUGAAAGAAUAUUUAAAAACAUCAAUUCCUACAAGGUCAGUUGUUCUGAUGAGCACAAGAGGAGAAAUUAAAAGUCUGAAUAUUUCCGAAGCAUUAGUACCUCUGGGAUUAGCCAAACCAGCUCACCUUCAAAACAAAGGGAGUCUGGUAUUCCUGGGAUUCAGCGGAAAUUUUAAACCAGCAUGGACUAAGCUGUUUACCAGUCCUACUGGACAGGGCCUAGGGCUACUUGAAAAAUACAUACCUUUACAACUGGAAGAAUAUGGCUGCGACAGAGUGAACAGUAUCCGAAGGAGAGACUUGGAACUUUUAAAGCGAGCUUCAAGAGCACAUUAGAGACUAAAAUGUAAUUUAAGUGCUUGGGGAAAAAUGUGAACUAACUUAUUUAAUUUAUGGCAUUUUAAAUGACACUGUUAAAACCUGAGGAAAUCAUUUUUGCUGUUUGCAACAGAAAGAAGCCUGAACUGACAGCUUCAAUGCCAGUCUGUGCACCUUCUCAUUGUACAAAAUUUUAAAGAAUUUAUUCCUAUUUGUAAAGCCAGUUUAUUCAGAGAGUGUCUCUUCUCCCUUUCCCAAAAUGCCCUUCCCUUCCUCCAACCCCUAUCCUAGUUUGUAUUUACUGUAAACAGUUUUCUACUUUUUGUAUUGUGGGGAAACCUGGGGUGUCCACAAGAAUGUGCCCGAGACUAUUUGAGGGCCCAGUCUUGCUGCACCUUGGAUUACUUGAAGUCUGAAAUUCAGUUUGUGAGUCUUGUGGCCGUUUGAAUUUAUCAGGUGGCGCGUGGAGAUGAUUCUUUUGUGCCUGUUUUUUAGGCAGACUUUGAGGAUUUUACGUGUUACCAACUGACUUUAUUUUUGUUGUUAGUUUCUAAGUGGCAGCUCAGGCGUGGCUCCUGUCCUAGUCUGGAC